AUGGGGCCGCCCACUGGAGUGACUGGCCGAGGCGCAUCCAAGUCGCCUCAACAAUCCACCAAGCAACCGAAAUCAUCGUCGCCACCAUUCACAGCCUCCACACGAGACGACACCCAAAAAUCCGAAGAAACAACCAGUACCGAAAUUUCCAAGCCACUGGCGCCCCCCCCACGGCCCAAUCAACAACAGCAGAAUUCGAACAGCCCCGACUACUUUGGACAUGUGAAUGCUGCAUCGCUCAACCUGGAACCGAACCCGUUCGAGCAGUCCUUUGGCAGCGCACCGCCCGAGACUCCUGGCGGCACCAAGCUGCCGUCCGUAGCUGCUCUCACUUCACCUUCGUCACUUCUUCCUGGCAAUACGCCAUUCCCCUGGGGUGCUGGCUCCCUGAGGACCGGCCCAUUGAGUCCUGCGAUGCUUUCGGCUCCAACCAAUGAUUACUUUAGCGAUACACAUCAUAUCCGCGGCGGUUUCCCGACCCCGAACGAGUCAUCGCUACGGAGCGGCUUGACCCCCGGGGGCAGUGGGUCGAUGUUCCCCGCGCCCAGCCCUAAUUCGCAGGCUAUUUUCGCCCAGCUCGCGGGGGGUCCGAGUGCAACACCGGGCACCAUCGACUUCCACCGGACUGCCGUCAGUGCUGCCGCCGCGAAACGCGAGCAAGCUCAGGCGCAACAACAACAACUUCCUAUCGUCGCUCCGACGUCCCAGCCACAGGAGACAAGGGACGGAGCCCAAGUUCCCAACAACGUAGGAGCCAAUCCCCCAACUGGCCCUUUUGACCCACAUGACAACGAUGCGGCGAGCGGCCUUUACAUGCUCGCACAGGGGCGGAACGCGGCUCAACCGGCCGCUCUUCAGUACUCCGCCUCGCAAACCUCGCAGGCGCAAAUCCGCAGCGGCAUCUCGGCCGCACCGGCAGCACAGCCUGCGAACACGUCUCCCCAGAUGAAUGGUGCGCCUUCUGUUUCCGGGAGCUCCGUCCGUGCCGCCAGCGUAGCGAGCGCGAAAUCCGACGAGAACCAGGUUGCGCGGCCAAAUACUCGCGCCAGAGGAAAACGGAAUCCAGGAGGCGCCGCCGCCGGCACGCGUCGCAAGGCCGAGGACACGCAGGUCAAGGCGCAGCGCGGAGCCAAGAAACAAAAGACGAACGGCAGGCGUAAGUCGUCAAGCAGCCAGGACCAGGACAUGGACCACUCGGAGGAGGAUGAUCAUGAUAAGAGUGAUAAAGAAAACGGAGGUGAUCCCAAAAUGAAGACGGAUGACGAGAAACGGAAAAACUUCCUCGAGCGGAACAGGGUUGCUGCGCUUAAGUGCCGUCAACGGAAGAAGCAAUGGCUAGCCAGCCUUCAGGCCAAGGUGGAGGAAUAUGCUGUGGAGAACGAAAACCUUAAUCACGAAAUCGCCGCUCUCCGUGAGGAAAUAAUCGGCCUGAAGACCCUACUCCUCGCACACAAGGACUGUCCCGUGUCGCAGCAGCAGGGCUUACACGGGACGUAUAUGCCCGCUCCCCUUGAAACCUUUAAUAACCCUCCCAUCAAUGCUUACGGCAUGGCACCUCCUCCCAUAAACGGGCAGCCCGUCAUGGCGGGCCAGGGAAUCGACCGGCGGUUCUCAUAG